AUGUCUCAACAAUCCAACUCUUCUCCUUCCAAGAACAUGCCUUGUUCUCCUAGCGAUGAACCAAGCAACCCUAACAGAGAAGAUCCUGUUGUUGACUCUGUGAAUACCCCACAUGCAAGAAGACCUAAAGAAACUGUAUCAGGCUUCUCCUCAUCCAUCGUUUUUGAGGAACGAACCAAAGAAGGUUCCAGGUAUGUUCACAAUGCCAUUGCCAAUAUAGUGACUAGAAUACUGUCUGGAAAUCAUGAGGUCCCUGGGGUUUCCAUUCCCUUAAACACUAUUGAACCUGAUACUGUUGUUGAUCAAGAAAAUACUGAGUCUUUAGGAAAGAACAUCUCUGAUGAUGUUGAGAAAACUGAUGCCCAUAAGGAGUCAAAUGUUGACAAACCCUUAGAUAAUGUGGCUGGUGAGGAAGUUCAUGUCACUCAUGAUGUCAGUGACAACCCUAACUGUGAGGCUGAAACAGUAGACCUAGAGGAAUUUUAUGAUAAUGAGUUGUUGUCCUCUGUCCUCCCUAGCAUAGCCAAAAGGGUUAGGACUAGGAGAGAAAAGAAAACUGUGGCUCAAAGGUCCCCCAGAAAGAAGAUUGAUGUUCCAACCUCUUCCAAGACAACGGUGGAAGUCGAGAGUUCCCUCAAGAGGAAAGAAUUAGCUCAGAAUGUCCUAGACUGUAAGGAUAUUAUGGAUCUUAUUCAAGAGGCUGGUUUAAUGAAGACUGUGACUCAGUUUUCAAAGUGCUAUGAGAUGUUGGUAAAGGAAUUUAUUGUUAAUUUGUCUAAAGAAUGUGCUGAUGGCAAGUCUAAGGAAUUCAGGAAAGUGUAUGUGAGAGGCAAGUGUGUAAAUUUCUCUCCUUCAGUGAUCAACAAGUAUUUGGGAAGGCCUGAUGAAGCUCAACCUAAGCUUGAGGUGACUGACAACAAAAUCUGUCAAGUCAUCACUGCUAAUCAGGUAAGGAAGUGGCCUCUCAAAGGAAAAUUGGUGGCAAGUAAACUGAGUGUCAAGUAUGCAAUGCUGCACAAGAUUGGAGCUGCUAACUGGGUGCCCACCAAUCAUAAAUCUACAGUUGUUGUAAUGCUUGGAAAGUUUAUAUAUGCUGUUGGAACCAAAGCCAAAUUUGACUAUGGCUCCUAUAUUUUUUAUCAAACUUUGAAGCAUGCAGGAAGCUUCAGUGUGAAGGGUCCUAUAGCCUUUCCUUCUCUCAUAUGUGGUAUUGUUUUGAAUCAGUUUCCAAACAUCUUAACUGAGAAUGAUUCUGUGAAGAAAAGAGACAGCCCUAUGUCUUUCAAUCAUAAGCUGUUCCUAGGUACCCAUGUCCCUGACAUUGUCAUGACAUCAGGUGAGACAUCACGUGUAAGCAAUCAGCCAGGUAAAGCUGCUGUCAUUGCAAUGCUCAAAGAAACCUGUAGGGAAUUAGAGGCAAGGAAGCUGAACUUGGAAAAAUUGAUUAGCUCUUUGGAGAUGAAUGAAGGUGAUGUACUAGCUGAUGGUGGAGAAUUUGGUGAAGCUGCUGCUAUUGCAGAAGAAGCUGAAAGACAAGGUGAAGAGGGAGAAGUAGAUGCCAAACCUGAUGAUGGCACAAAUUAUGAUGCUGACUCUGAGUCAGAUGACUAG